AUGCCCCUCACAGCUGAUGUAGCUGCUCAGCAGGUGCAGGAGCGCCUUAGAUCACUGCAUAGACUGAUCUAUGACAUUGAGUCGGAGAGGGCAUGCAAUGAGCAGUGUAUUGAAUCAAUAUUGAGAGCAGAAAAAGCUGCUGAAUCACCUUCAUCAAAUGAUGAAUCUUCAGGUUCCUCACAGCAGCAAAUCCAGUUAAAGAAUUUGUAUAAAGCUGGUUUAUCUGCAGCAGAACAAGAGGAGAGUCUUCUAAGAAAGGCAUUGACACGUAUUUAUGAAAUACGUAGCAUCAAAAAUGAGAGAAGGAUUCAGGCUCGGUAUGCUGGUAACAAAGAAACUAUUGGGUGCGGUGCGCUCAUGAAAAUGUUACUUAGCGCGGCGCAGACUUUACCCUUGCACGUGGGGAGAGUGGGCGAGCGUGCGCCACCCUUAUGUGGGGCUGUUCCCCCCGACCCGGGCCACAUCGCGAAGGCGGGGGAUGCUGUUGCGGCGCUUGUACGCGUCUCGGAGAAGGAAGAAAACUGGAUAUUGGCUGAGGUAGUGAGCUGGCUGCCCGCCCAGGGCAAAUACGAAGUGGACGAUAUCGACGAAGAACAAAAGAACCGUCACAUAUUGAGCAAACGUCGUGUGGUACCUUUGCCGCUGAUGCGAGCAGACCCGCGCACUGAUGAACACGCUCUGUUUCCCAAGGACGCGGUUGUGAUGGCCCUUUACCCACAAACCACGUGCUUUUACAGAGCAAUAGUUAACAGACUGCCGGCGAGCGCCGCCGAUCCUUAUGAAGUUUUAUUUGAGGACUCGUCGUACGCUGACGGCUACUCGCCCCCGGAGCGUGUGGCGCAGCGCUACGUGAUCGCGAUCAAGGAAGGCAAAGGGCGCGCCACCUGA